CCCAUUUUUUCUUUAUUUAAGGGUGCAAACUUUUGCUCACCUCCCUAAAAAUAAACCCAAAUUUUGUUCCAGACAUUCUACCUUUUCAAAACUUCCGCCAGACACGAGCAGGAUAAAAAAUUCUCGGGAUUAGUUUAAAGAUGCCUAUGCUUAAGGAUCCCUCCAAGAAAUAUCAAGCUUUUAAGCCCGUGCACUUGCCAGACCGACAAUGGCCUUCAAAAACCCUCGACAAAGCUCCGCGGUGGCUGUCUACCGAUUUGCGAGACGGAAACCAGAGCUUGAUCGACCCUAUGGACGGAGAUCAAAAAUGGCGGUACUUCAAAAUGUUAACUGACAUUGGCUACAAAGAAAUUGAGGUCUCCUUUCCCUCGGCUUCGCAAACAGACUUUGACUUCACUCGUCGCUUGAUCGAAACCCCUGGUGCAAUACCCGACGACGUUUGGCUUCAGGUUCUCUCACCGUGUCGUGAGGACUUUAUCCGGCGGACGAUUGCGUCCUUGAAGGGUGCUAAUAAGGCAAUUGUACAUCUCUACUUGGCUACAUCCGAGUGCUUCCGGAGAAUUGUUUUCGGAAUGACGGAGGAGCAGUCAGUAGAGUUAGCAGUAAAGUCAACAAAGCUGGUAAGGAGUUUGACGAAGGAUAACCCGAAUGCUCAGGGAACAGAGUGGGCGUAUGAGUUCUCACCAGAGACAUUCUCGGAUACCAGCUUGGAGUUUGCUGUUAAGAUUUGUGAGGCUGUGAAGGCGGCAUGGGAGCCGACGAAGGAGAACCCGAUUAUCUUCAACCUUCCUGCGACAGUAGAGAUGUCCACUCCAAAUGUUUAUGCCGAUCAGAUCGAGUACUUCUGCCGUCACAUUAGCGAAAGGGAGAAGGUUUGUAUUUCCCUGCAUCCUCAUAACGACCGUGGUUGCGCUACCGCUGCCUCUGAGCUCGCACAAAUGGCUGGCGCGGACCGAGUAGAGGGGUGCUUGUUUGGAAAUGGGGAGCGCACCGGAAAUGUCGACCUAGUCACACUCGCACUGAAUUUGUAUACCCAGGGAAUCCACCCUAAUGUUGAUUUCUCGGACAUCACCAACAUUAUUAACGUUGUUGAGGACUGCAAUAAGAUUCCCGUGCAUCCGAGGGCACCAUACGGAGGGCAAUUGGUCGUGUGUGCAUUUUCUGGAUCUCACCAGGAUGCAAUUCGCAAGGGUUUCAAGCUCCGCGAGAAGGCCCACGCAGCAGAUGAUGACGAGUGGCAAAUCCCCUAUCUUCCUUUGGACCCCGCAGAUAUUGGUAGGACCUACGAAGCUGUCAUCCGAGUCAAUUCACAAUCCGGGAAGGGAGGAGUUGCCUGGGUCAUCCAGCGUGCUUUGGAUUUAGAUCUCCCUCGUGGCCUCCAGAUCGUCUUCUCAAAGAUUGUUCAAAAAGAAACAGAGGACCUCGGUCGAGAGUUGGAAGCUGGGGAGAUUCAGGCCCUUUUUGAAACAGAAUAUCACCUCAAAUCGGCUCCCCGAAUCACUUUAAUCGACUACGAGUUUUCUACGGACCGCUCUACUUCUCCUAACCCAGUCUUGGGCAAGCAAUCUGCAAACGCUAAGAGGACAUUCCAUGGUAUCAUUUCCGUGGAUGGUAGGGAGCGUUCCAUCAGGGGUGUUGGCAAUGGGCCAAUCUCCAGUUUGGCUGAUGCCCUCCGCACUGUCGGCGUAGAGCUUGACGUCCUGGACUAUAAGGAGCACGCCAUUGGCCGUGGAAAGAGUGUGAAGGCAGCAACCUUCAUUGAGUGCGACAUCUCUGGUAGUGCUGAGGCCGAGAAGCGGGUAGUCUGGGGCGUUGGUAUCCAUGAAGACACCGCACAGGCAAGUCUGAUAGCCAUCUUAGGUGCAGCGAGCAAAGCAAUUUCGAGCCGACCGGCUACAUCCAUGCUGACGGCGAGCUUGACCUCCCCGUUGACGACCCUGAAACCUUCGAGUGUUAAGAUAAAUUUCAAUGGGUUGGAGUCGAAGGCUGAGGGGAUGUAAAAUGAUUGAAACUGGGAAAAAAUUAAAGUUGGAUAUAUGAAAUUGUUUUUUUUUACGUGAAUGUGUAUGCUCGAUGGAGCAAGGUAGCAAAAGUUGUUGCUUUCUUCUUUUCUUCCACUUUGUUUAAGCAGUUAGGGGGUGUGGGCGCUGUAUGUGAUUGCGCCCAGGUUUGCGAAAAAUUGAAGGAUCCCCGCCUUCUCGCAAAUACGAUAGAUUACCAACUCGUAUGAUAUUCUAAGA